GGCGUUUCCGCCGUUCAGACAGUGGAGGAAACGUGGAGUAAAAAACUGAUUUUUUCGGAUGAAAACAAAAAAAAAAAAAAAAGGGAAAACAAAGAAAACAAAGACAGGAUGUUGAUGGCUGAACAGUGUGAGUUGUAGCGUUCGGCUCAUCAUGUCGUCAGCAGUAGACACUGAGGUGUUCAUCCCGGAGCAGGCGAGUGUCAUCACCGUCCCUGUGAACUCGCUGCCUUCGUCCAUCACCAGGAAGAUAUCCGUGAGUCCCGGUGACUCCGACCGACCGGCGACGUUCAUCUCCCCGGUGGAGCUGAGGGACAAAGAGACGGCACUGAAUCCACGACCUUUGCCCCCGGGACAGUUCUUCCUGCCAGUCGUGACCUCUAACCGCAAAGCUUUCGGGAUUCUCCGGAAAUUUCUACAGUCAGGUGAGAUCUCGCUGCAGGUUGCUGAUGAGAACUCACGAGCGGGUUCUGCGUUCUGCAGAAGGAAAAACUCCAUCAUUCUGUUUGACAAACAGAUUUUUCUCUCUGUAAGAAAUGCCAAGGCUUCUGAUUGGCCACUGAACCAACGAAGCUCCGCCCCCUCUGAGUGUGAAGCCCCGCCCCUGAAUUCACCUGUAAAAACGCAGGAUGGAGGAAGUGACAUCACUGAGGGGCGGAGUAAUGAAGGUACACGUGGAGCAGAGGAUCAUGGGAAAUACGCAGAGAAGCGAAGUGGUGAUGAACGUGAUGUCGUGAUGGAGUGUGAAGCGCAGGAUGAUGACAUCACUGACAGGAAGAGGAGUAACGAUGGCGCCAGUGCUGCAGAGGAUCAUGGGAAAUGUGCAGAGGUGUUGAAGGAAAGAGAAGAGGAUGUGAUGAAGGACAGAGAAGAAAACGAACAGCAAACGCCGCCAAUGAAAGAUGCGAGCGUGAACACGUCUAACGACAGGCGCAUAAAGCUGGAGGGGGAGAGCGGCGUUUACGCGCCGGGCGGCGAAGAUCAGAGCUCAUUGGCUAACGCUAAGGAAUAUAAAGAUGGAGGAAGUCAGAUUACGUCGAACCUCAGAGAAAACUCUAAUCCAGAAAUAACGAGUGAGCAAGGAUGCGCUAGCGAGACGGGAUUAGCAGCGGAAACUCACACAGGAAACGAAAAGAGAUCGGAAAAUCCGAAACACAGUGAUGAUAAAACCAAAAUUAGCGAAGGUGAGAGUUCAUUAGCUAAAGCUAAAUGUUGCAAACGUCUAAUUUUUUCCAGGGUUCAGAGUCCAUCACUAAUGAACGUAAACGAACGUCAAGACAAAAGUGACGUUGAAGGUCAAAUCAGCGAAUUCGAGAUUCCUUCGGAUAAAACGAUAGCCUCCGUCAGUGCUGCUGAGAUCGCAGACGUAAACGACGAUGAUCGAGUUUCCCAAAACAUCACGAAUGAAGACGUAGCGAAUUCUAAAAGUUACGUCAAUAUUCAGGCGAGCGACGGUCAGAGUUCACGCCGUGAAAGUGCCAUUGAGGUCGUAGACGUGAACGACGACGAUCACGCUUCCAGCGUAAGCUCAGACGAUGAAAACGCAGUCGUACCAAACUUUAGCAAAGUUAAGAAUUUGUUGGAAAUUGCUGAACGCCUCAAACGAAGAAUUAAUGAUUACAUUAACUUGCAGGGUUCGGAGGUUAAAUUUAAAAAACGUAAAACUGAUGACAUCGUCGUGGAAACGGAUAGCGAUUGCGACGACGGGGUAAUCGUUGAAAGUUGUGGGGAAGUUGAUGGCAGCAGCACAGACGAACCGAAUCAACACGGUUCAUGUAAAAGAGAAGCCACGAGUUCUUCAGCUGCAGCUCAAGGCUGCGAAAGUGCUGUCGAGAUCGUAGACGUAGACGACGAUCGAGUUUUACACAAACAUACGAAUGACGCAAAUCGAGACGCAAAUCGAGAUGCAAAUCGAGACGCAGCAGGUUCUAAGAAGUCGAGGGUGUGUCCGAGUCCUUCAGUUAAGCGCUGCGAAGGCGAUGUUGAUGACGAUGUUGAGGACCUUAAUGACGAUGAUGAGGUCAUCAUAAACGACCAAGAGAUCGUAAACGAACACGAACGUUGGUUUGGUGACGUAGCUAAAGGAUGUAAACGUAAGAUUUUCGACGGAAUCAAGGAUGAGACGAAUUCAGACGUAGCGGCUGCUGCGCAGAACAGUGGAGCGAAUGGUUCGUCGGCUAAACGAUCUAAACUUGAUGAUGCGAAUUUCUCGCCUGAACGUAAACCUUUGGAAAGUGCCGUAGAUUCAAACUCUCAGGUUAAAAAUUAUAAUCGUGAUGGCGAGAUCAUCGAGGUUGAUGGUAAUGAUGAAAUCCACACAAGCGCAAACAACAGAAAUGAAAAUGUCGCCACGGUUCAAAGUUGCGCUAACGAGACGACGGUUCAGAGAAACAGAGGAAAUGCUGAGGAUUCGUCGGAUAAAGUUAACAGCUGUGGACGACGAGGCGAGAACGUUGAAUGUCAGAGUUCGUUGGAGAAAAUCAAAAGUUGUAAACGGAACGUUUCCGAUAGCAACAGCACUGAUGAGCCAAAUUUGGAUGUUAAAAGUCUCGUUCAGGUACAGAUUAUCGAAACUGAAGAUCCGUCGGCUAAAUACUUUAAAUCAGCUAACGUUACGAAUCCAGGUGGAAAAACUCGCGAAAAAUGCGCUAAAGCUCAGAGGGCGGACGAUCAAAAUGAUCUAAUAAAUAACGAAAAUUCCUCUGAAGAUCAUAUUAGUAAAGCCAAAAGUUUGUUAACUAAAAGCGAUGUGGAGAUCGCGGAGGUCUGCGACAACUAUCAGGUUUUGCGUAAAAGCACACAGGAGCCAAAUCAAGACGAUACAAAUUCUAAUACACAAAAUGACGUUAAUAAGACAAAGACUCUAGCUGCUAAAGGUCCGAUCAGCGAAGUUCAGAGUUCUUCCGUUAAAAAUAAAAGCUGUAAAACUGCGGCGGAGAUCGUGGACGUACGUGAUGACAAUCGAACUAACGACACAAAUCAAAUCGUAACAAGUGUGGAAAAUUGCGUUGAAUCUAACGUCAGCGAGGUUCAGGAUGAAAGUGUUGCUGAGACGGUGGAAGCGAGUGACGAACAAGAUCGAGCUUCAUCUGACGUAACGAAAGGCGGAAUUUGCGUCGAAUCGUAUGUUAGCGAGGUUCAGAGUGCUGCUGAGGAUCGAGCGUUAGCCGGGAAAAGCUACUCCGAGGAACCGAAUGGAGACGUAACAACUAGCGAAGUUUCAGGGUGUGAAAGUGACGUUGAGGAUGCUCUCGUAGAAGAGGAUAACGAUCUAGCCUUAGCUAGCUUCACAGACGAACCGAAUCCAUACAGAACAAUUUCCGAAAGUUGCGGCGAACUUCAGAUCUGUGAUGUUUGGAGUUUAUCAGCGAUGUCUGAACGCCACGAGAGCAAUCCUGAAGGCCAAGCGUUUGACCCGCAUCCAGACGGCGAGCUUGCAGACGAACAAUCGGAGGCUACCAAUCAGAGAGCACGUGGUGAUGAAGUGGGCGUUUUGCCCCGCCCCACAUCUUCUCGGGCGAAUCACGAGUUGGAUUACAUGGUGCUGAGGUGGGAGGAGAACGUCAACCGGAUCCGAGCGAGACUCAGAGGGAUGGAGGAGAAACUCAAGUCACACCUCUGAUGAAAACGCUCAGGAACGCUGACGUCAGUUUACUUCCGUUGUUUUUUGUUUUUUUGUUUGUUAACGGUGAAAAUGCGUCUCAUUAACAUAAUCGCUGACUGCAAACGAUCUCCGUAACGCUGCUGAACGCUAAACACGAUGACUAAACUGACAGAUCGUUUUUAUUUUUUACUUUAGAGAAAUAACGUGAAUGUAAUACGAUAUUUAACCACAAAAAUUACAAUCUCAACUUUUUUUUUUCUUUUUCUUCCGUUAUAUUUAAUGCACAUUAUAUUUUUCUUUUUUUUU